AAAAGAGAAGGAGGAAUGCUUCGAAGCACUUGUAGCGUCAAGUGGCCAAUGCUCGUGCUACCAUUGGGGUUUAAAAAAUCUAACCUAUAAAUCUUUCUGGAUCUGUCAUUGCUGGUGGAUUUGGAUACAGAGUUUCGAUAAACAAACAGAUAUAUCCGUCGUCAAAAUCAAAGUCGAAACUAUAAUACGCUUUCGGAUGAUUCGUGAUCUUUGACAAUUUCCACGAGCCAGUUAUGAAAAGACACCUGCAGUCCGCGUGUCACUGAAUGUAACUCACUGAAUGUCGUUGCUACGCUGCUGACAAACGGCGAGUCUCCCCUCUACUUUUCUCUAAAUGAAAAAAUGUCAGCUGUACUUUUCUAUACUUUGUUUUAUCUUCUGAUGUCCGGAUGUAUAAUCUAUCCGCCGACGGAAUUUGUCUCAGCGGGACUGACCGUCAAAGAUGUCUUCGCAAAUUGGCUUGGCAGUGAGAAUGAGUUUUUCGUACAGUAUCACAUCAGGCGGAGCGUAGCCACUUUGCUUCUGCAUUCUGCACUACCUCUGGGCUACGUUUUAGGAUUGCUCUUCUUCGAUCACAUAGAUGCCGAAAAGCUGUUGCUAAAUGAUGGAAAUUACCUUGGACCGUUAAUCGUUCUCUGUGCGACGAUUGUUCCACUUUACACGCUAAACAAGGUCUUCGAGUGGUCUGUGAACAAUUGGGCCACUCAUCCGAUAGCAAAGAAUCUGUCUGUGUACGGCAAUAAUAAUACUCCAUGGACAUCUGUCGCCUCGGACAUUAAUACAGAGUAUCGAAGAAUAGAUAAAAUCGUUAUUGUCACAAAUAGCGUAACUCGUGUCAUAGCGACGGACAAUUGGAUUAUUAAGAUCACACCUUAUAAAUUGCAAGUGGCACAUCAAAGCGACGCGACCUUAGUCGUGAAUAAGAGCGACGUCCAUUUCAUGUCGCCCACAACGAGAGAUCAAGUUCAGUUCAUCAAUAUACAGGUGAAACCCAUGCGAGCUAUGGCACAGGAGUUCGACAUAAGAUUAAACGCAUUAGAUUUUAAGGAUCUGCAGGACAAAGUUUCACGGCCAAUUGCUGUACUGCACAAUAUAAGGUUUCAUAGAACCUUGCUCGACAGAUUUAUCGACACUUUCAAAGAAGAGGUCGAUAAAAAUCCAUUCUACGAUACUGCCGAGGAGUUAGGUCAAUGCAUUGGAUGCAUGCAAGCGUUGUCGAAUGUUAAAUUGAACAGAUUGUGCAACAGUACCGAAAAUAGAGACGUUGACGACUGCACGACGUGUUUUUGCCGUCCAAUGUGGUGUAUAGAGUGUAUGGCGAAAUGGUUUGCCUCGAGACAAGAUGAGGACACACCGGAAACGUGGUUGUCCUCCAAAUGUACCUGUCCUCUGUGCAGAGCACGAUUCUGCGUUUUAGAUGUGUGUCUUGUAAGAAAUCCUAAUGAUUAAUUCAAAUAAUGCGUACUAUUUUGAAUAAUCCUUAUUUGUAUCAAUCUUUUUUAAAUACAAUUUUUAAAAGAA